GUCAAAAUCAGUCAAAAGAGCGAUACUAAGGCCGUAACUGAUGCGAUGACGACCCCAUCAAAACAAGCGCAAAACCGUGCAAAUGAUAAACAGAAACCUGCAGUACAGUAUGCGAAACAGCCAUGGGAAUUGACCAUCCGUAAGGAGUUGUUUUAUCCAUUCGAGCAGCUUGACGAUAUGCAAGAAAUUGAUUUGGUGUUCAGUCAAAUCAUUAGCGAUUGUCGCAAGCAAAUACCGUAUCGUAUACGGAGUUUUGAGCGUGAUUCUAUCAGUCAAAUUCUGAGACGAAAUAACAUUCCACCGUCAGCACUCGAUCAUCCCGAGCAGAUAGCGGUCGAAGUGAAAAUGCAGGUGAUACAGACUGUACGUAAAUGGCCACUUUACUUUUGUCGAUUGUAUCGCGUUGUGGAGGAACGUGAAAGGGACGGUGUGGGACGUUUGCUGGGCAUUAGUGAAUCGGGCAUUAGACUCAUCUCGAGGAAUAUGGACAGCGAUACUGAGCCAUUGUGCAUUACGGAUCAUUUUGAGUGA